UUUUUAUUUUUAUAGGUCUAUGGUCUAUGGAUACCAUCAAGAUAGUUGAUCAGAAUUGAUAAGUGGUUCUGUGAUAAGUGAUAAAUGUUAUCUUUUGAUAAUAUCCACAGAUAUAUAAAAUAUAAAAAUACAAAUAACAUUGCAGACUGCUGCAGAGUAGAAACUAUAGAAGUUCUUUAUGAUCUUAGCUAACUGCUAAUACAAAUUUCUAAUACUUUCUCAUUUUGACUUGAAGUAUUGAACUAUAAAAGUUGAAGACCAUGAUCCAUUAAACCCAACUAUACUAAUCACUAAUUACUACUAUUUGGUUUUAAAAAAGUGUUAUUAUUUUAAACGUGAAUAUUUAUCAUUAAUUGUCAAAGCCUCGGUAUGUACUGUGUGUCUAUUGUCUAUUAAGGUUCUAUGACCAAAAAUACUUGUUCCUCGUCGAAUUACUUCGUCAUAUCGAUCACAUUUAUAAAUAUGUGUAAUCGGUCUACAACUAUUGAUCAAAUUGUUAAAGACCGGUUAUGUAUACGACUAAUUGAAACCAAGUGGGUCGACAAAGUAGAAAAAUUAAUUUAUGCUGUACUCAAAAAACGAAAUAAAAAGGAUCAAGAUUUAACUACUGUUAAAUUUGAAGAAUUGUACCAAGAAGUUUCUGCAAAGGCUCGUGAUGCAUUACCUAUCGAAAUGGAAACCGAGUUACAUGAAAAAAUGGAAGACUUUCUAUCAUCAAAUAUUGAUGGAAGUGAUAACCCUUAUACUAUGAAUUUAUCGGCGUCUAAUUCUUCCUGUGCAUUAAAUGUUGAUACACAUUCUGAUAAUUCCUCUCAUAUGUUAAUUGAUUCCUUUGAUAGUAAUUUAGACGUUACUACUAAUGGAUAAACAAAAAAUUAUUAAUAUUCGUAUUCACUGAUUAAAGUUAUUGGAUGUAAAUUGUACAGUAGGUAAUUUUAAAAUGUCAAGUUUCUAAUUAAUGUUUUGUAUCAUAUCCCUAACAUUUUGAAAAAUCA